AUGAAUAUAAGACAAGCAACGGUGGAGGAUUUGCUUGCAAUGCAAAAUUGUAAUAUUAUGAAUCUUCCUGAAAAUUAUCAAAUGAAAUAUUAUCAUAAAGGAAGAAUAGUAGGUUAUGUACUAGCAAAGAUGGAAGAAGACCCAGAGGAACUACCACCUCAUGGUCAUAUAACUUCACUUUCAGUCAUGAGAACAUAUAGAAGAUUAGGAAUUGCAGAAAAAUUAAUGACACAAGCUCAAAAAAAUAUGGUGGAGGUUUUUAAUGCACAGUAUGUUUCAUUACAUGUAAGAAAAAGUAAUCGAGCAGCUCUAAAUUUGUAUAAAGAUACAUUAAAAUUUGAGAUUCAUGAAAUAGAAAAGAAGUAUUAUGCAGAUGGAGAAGAUGCAUAUGCCAUGAGAAAAGAUUUGCAAACUAAUACUAGUAGUAAUAUUAUUUCAAGUAAAUCUUGA